GGGUUUGUUGUUGUUGGGUGGUCAGUGAUGGAGUAAAGGAGGCAAUUAUAGGUGAACAAUAGGCAGUAAAGCAGUUUAAUUACAGAAAAAUGCCACCAACGGUUAAUCAAGCACACUCUGUGGAUCGUGAUAAGCGCCCACGAACAGGUGAAAGAAGCCUUCCACUUCAGGAACAAAUACAUAUUAGAAGAUCUGACCUAGUGAGCAGGGUGAAGUAUUGCAACACACUACCAGAUAUUCCAUUUGAUCCAAAGUUCAUCAACUAUCCCUUUGACUCAAACAGAUAUGUGCGCUACAAGCAAACUUCUCUUGAAAAAAACUACCGUUAUGAAGUCCUUACUGAACAUGAUUUGGGUGUGACAAUUGAUCUUAUCAACCCAGAGGCCUACACACCAGUAGCAGGUGUACAGCUUCAUCCUACAGAUGAAAGAUUGCUUGAAGAUGAUAUUCUUACUCCACAGGAUGCAAAACGCUCUCGACAUCAUCAUGUCAAUGUGUCUUGGUUGCGUCGAACUGAGUACAUCUCAACUGAACCAACACGCUUCCAGCCUCAGACUAAUGAAAAGAUUGAGGCCACUGUUGGUUUUGCUACACGUAGGAAGAAUGCCACGGAAGAGAAUGUCUACACUGACCGUGAAAGUCAGCUUGAGGCCAUUGAAAAAACCUUCCAGGAGGUUAAGCUUCCUAUGGAGACUCAUUACAGCAAGCCAGGUGUCACUGCUGUUGAAGAACUACCAAUAUACCCUGACUUUGAUCUGUGGAAGUAUCCUUGUGCUCAGGUCAUCUUUGACUCGGAUCCUGCUCCUGUAGGAAGGCCCAUGCCUGCACAGUUGGAAGAAAUGUCUCAAGCUAUGAUCAGGGGUGUGAUGGAUGAAUCAGGAGAGCAGUUUGUGGCCUACUUCUUACCUACAGAUGAUACACUGAAGAAGAGGAAGAGAGACUCUGAUGAAGGUGUUGAGUACAUGGAUGAAGAUGAAUAUGACUACAUAAUGGCUCGUGAAUACAACUGGAAUGUAAAGAAUAAGGCCUCCAAGGGUUACGAAGAAAACUACUUUGUCGUCUUGCGUAAUGAUGGAGUCUAUUAUAAUGAGCUAGAAACAAGAGUGCGUUUGAGCAAGCGUCGUCUCAAGCAGGGCCAGCAGCCAAACAACUCCCGACUGGUUGUUCGACAUCGGCCUCUUAUUGCUCAGGAACACAAAACCCAGCGCUUCCGAGAGAGGAUGCUGGAACCACCUGGUGAAGAUGAAGAAGAGGAAGAAGAAGAGGAAGAAGAGGAGGAGGAAGAGAUGGAAGUUGAACAGAAUGAAAAAGAAGGCAGUGCUAAAGGAUCAGAUGAUGAAGGCAGCGAGAGAUCUCGAUCACGUUCAGGAUCUGAGAGUAAAGAACGUGCUCGUAGUAGAUCAGGUUCACGAUCACGCAGCAGAUCAGGUUCACGAUCACGGAGUCGCUCUCACAGUGGUUCUCGGAGCAGAUCUCGCAGCAAAUCCCGCAGCAAGUCACGCAGUAAAUCUCGCAGCAGAUCACGCAGCAAGUCUCGCAGCAAGUCUCGCAGCAGAUCUCGCAGCAAGUCUCGCAGCAGAUCACGCAGCAAGUCUCGCAGCAGAUCUCGCAGCAAGUCUCGCAGCAGAUCUCGCAGCAAGUCUCGUAGCAAGUCCCGCAGUAGGUCCAAGUCAAGGUCUCGUUCCCGCUCUGCAUCUGGCUCUAGGGCUUCACGGUCUCGCUCUCGUUCUCCUAUUAAAUCCAGAUCUGGUUCACGCUCAUCUUCUGGAAGCAGAUCCCGGAGUGGUUCGCCAGCAAGAUCAGAAAGAUCUGCAAAGUCAGCAGCUUCAAGCAGGUCAGCACACUCUGCAAAAUCAGCACGGUCAGCCAGAUCACCAAGAUCGAGUCAGAGGAGCCGAAGCGGUUCUCCUGCUGUCAAUGGUUCUCCUGCACGCAGCAAAGCUUCUGGUUAUGCCUCUGGCUCUGACUCUGGUUCUGAUACAGAUUCAACAGAUUCAGGCUCAGGCUCCGAUUCAGAUUAGAUUUUUGUGCUGAACAUCAUUCUGGAUGGUUAAAUACAGGUGUUGAUGCUUAUGUGAUGGAUCAGUUUUACAAUGUUAGAAAAUUAAUACCAUUUACCACUUUGCAACGGCUAAGAUCAGUUUUACGGUGGUCACUACCUGAAUGCUUUUCCUGUAUUGUCACUGCUAUGAAAAAGUCAUGUGCAAUAACAUGCAAUAUUCCAAGAUAUGAUGAUACAAUCUCAGAAUGGCAUAACAUGUGCAUGGCUCUGCCCAUCCUCAGUGACUGCAAAGCUGAACUGUGGUGUGUCACCCAGAGGAUGGUGUGUGUGUGGAAGUUAUUCUUUGUACGGAAAUUAAUAUAUUCUGUUCAAGUAUAUGUGAGGAAUAAAUAAAUAAAA